AGAAGUAACAAAUAAAUAACAAAUUUUUUGGAUUAGUUUAUUGUAGAAAUUUAACUCUUAAAACUUUUUCAGAAAUGGAAAUGGAAGUAAAAGAGGAAAAAAUAGAAUGUAUUUAUACGGAAAAUAUUUUUGCUGAACCGUUAUCUGUUGUGAAGUCUGAAGAUGAAUAUGAAAGUUAUAACUAUCCUCCUUGUAUAGCAGUAUAUUCACAUGAAAGUAAUAUUAAAGAAGAACCCCAAGAUGAACUGGAUACUUCCCUAUUUCAUAGUCAAGGGACCAGUUAUCAAACAUUUCAACAAAAUACCACAUCUCCUACCAGAAACAAAUCUCUUUGUAGCAAAACGAUCAAAAAGAAAAAAAGGAAACUAAAGAAAGAGUAUCAUUGUCCUGUAUGUUAUAACACUUUUACCCCAAGAAAGAUACGUCAACAUGUGGAUAUCCAUUUUGGGAAACAUCUUAAUAUAUGCAAGAUUUGCGGAAAGAUGAGCUCCAGAACAUCUGAAUUUUUAUCACACUAUUUUAUCCAUCGCAUAAAAGUUAAAGUAAAAAAUAAGUCACCUAUUAAGAAUACUCCUAAUGUUAAAAUUCUGUUAAAAUCGGCACUGAAACAUAAAAAUCAUAUAAAAAAAUCUCUAAAUAGGGUGUUGGAAAGAAAAUUUGAAUGUAAAAGUUGCGGUAGUUUACUUAAAAACAAAAUUCAGUUAAAGAAGCACAGAUGCUUAAAAAUAUGUUCCAAGAAAAUAACAAACAGUAAAAAACAUAGUAAAAACAAAAUUAGGCAGCCUUUAAAAUGCAAAAUAUGCUUUAAAAAGCAUAAAACCAAAUUUAGUUUAAGUCACCAUUUAAAAAUACACAAGUUAAAUAUGCUAACAUGUCGUUAUUGCAAAAAUCUGUUCCUCAGGAAAAACUUUUUGGCCCAUAUAAGAACCCAUACGGAACAUGGCACUUUUACAUGUUAUUUUGAUUAUUGUGCUAAGAUAUUUCAGACCCAGUUUGAUCUGGAAAACCAUCUACUAUGCCAUAUGGCAAUAAAACAAUUUAAGUGUAACAUUUGCUAUAAACCGUUCAUGGAACAGUCUCAGUUAAAUAGGCAUUAUAUUUUUCACGCUAAUAUCCAGAAAUAUCAGUGUACCGUUUGCCAGAAAGAGUUUCCGGGAAAGAUCCAUUUGGACACGCAUAUGUACGAACACACUGGUGUGAAGCCGUUCAUGUGCGAAAUUUGCUCGAAGGAGUUCGUUAGAAUAGAUUCUUUAAAAAAUCAUCUUAAAAAGCACACAAACGACAGAAAGUUUCAAUGUGAUGUUUGUCUGAAAAGGUUUAUUAGGAGGAUAACCCUGGUGGAGCAUUAUAGGAUUCACACAGGCGAAAAACCAUUUAAAUGUGAACAGUGUCCUAAAGCGUUCACUCAGCGUUCUAGAUUAAGAAUUCACAUCAAAGUUCAUUCUGAAGAAAAAACUAUUACCUGUGAAGUUUGUGAGAAAAAGUUCUUAUUCCAAUAUCAGCUAAGGAGACAUUUGCUUACGCACAAUGCGAAGAAGAGGUUCGAGUGUGAAAUCUGUUUUAAACAAUUCAUCGAGAAAAGAAAUCUAAAUGCUCACGUGUUGCUACAUACUGGCGACAAACCUUACAAAUGCGAGCUAUGUUCCAAAUCGUUUACUUGGAAACAUAAUUUGAAUCACCAUAUGAAAGUACAUGAAGAAAAAGCGUUUCAGUGUAAUGUAUGCCAAGAGACGUUUAAUCGGUAUCAUAUUUUACAGAACCACUCUCGGAUACAUACUGGGGAAGUACCAUUUAAGUGCGAUUAUUGCUGUAAGGAAUUUAAACAGAAAAUCAGUUUAACUAACCAUGUUACGCUUUGCCAUCCAGAUGAUGAUUCUUCUUGAAAACCAGUCCCUCUAUUGUCCCUGUAUGUUCAUGUCUCAAUAGACUUCAUUUUAAUUCUCCAUCUCCAUCUAUUGUAAAAGAAGUUUCUAAAACCAAUAACCAGUGGUUUCUUGGAUUUCAUCCAUCUAGCUGUAGUAAAAUGUGCCUGUUAAUAUAUAUUUUUUAUUUAUAACAAAUAUAAUGCUGGUUGAUACAGUUUUUAACUGAGUGAUAACAUAGGCAAAAAGUGGACACAAAACACGCAUUGUGCUGAAGAUUGGUACAAAUGUUAUAAAUGAAGUGUUCAUAAGUCUUUUUUCACAACUAAACUAAAAUUGUUCACAUAUUUUUUUCCUGCUACUAAUCAUCUUUUCACAAAUGUAGUGAUUACAAAAAUUGAGUAAGUCAUAUUUUGCCUAACUUACACACAUAUUCCUACCAACUAUGAGGUAGAAUAUUUGGUGCUUUCUUUAAUGACUUCCCCAAUAGGUAGGUACAUCCAGAAUCUACGGUGGUGAAUAAAGUUUGAUAAGCUAGUACUCUUGAAAUGAUCUAAGUGAAGAUAAUGAUUGCUGUUAUGCUUUUUUUUUCAUUUAGCCCUACGGUAUGGUUCUAUAGUUUCGCAUUUACGGAAGCUACUUUUUUUAUGUGCAUAUUGUCAUUGUUGUAGAUUUUGUUCAGUCAUCAGGCCAUUGCUUGGAAUGCCAUAUUUUGUUACAGAGCAAAUGACACAAUUUUAUUCCUGUUUUUCUGUGGCUUUGAGCAUUGCUGUCAAAGUCUGUUAUCAUAUCCUGGUGGUUUGUUAUACUUAAGUUUAUUGAUCGCCAGGCUUAGGGUAAGAACAGAACAAGUGGGUCGAGGUGGAGGUGUAGGUCGCGGUGGAUGCUACUAGUUAAGUCGCGGUCGAUGUCGACAGCACAUAGCAAUGAGGUCACCUGCGCUGUCAGUCGAGCUAGAACCACUAUCAAGUGAAGUAGUUUAAUGAAAUUUGAAUGACAAAAAGACUGUGUUUUUGCGAUGUUGUGUCAGUCAAGUGAUGAUAGUGAUGAAAUGUCAGCUGUAAAUAAUCAGAUCCUCCUUCAUAUUUCAAAAAUUUACUUAAUUUAAUUACUUUGGAAAUUAAAAAAUAAACUGAAUACAAAAAAGGGAUUAUAUAAAAAGUAUCAACUCAGGUAGCGCAGGUAAUCAACCUACAAACAAACAACUUGGCUUCGAACGGACCAAUCACAGGGAAGCAUCCUUGUAGGCCCCUCAGUAGACAUCCAUGUAAAACAAGCUCAUUUUAUUUUCAAAAGCAUCGACGUAAACCUCCUGGAUGACAUCGCGCUAAACCUCGACCGCGACUUACCUGCUCUGUUCUCUUUCAUUCAGUACAAUGUGUUUGUUUUACAUGGAUGUCGACAUCGACCGCGACCUCCACCUCCACCGAGACCGAGACCCACUUGUUCUGUUCUUAGCCUUAGUUUGUUCUCGAGCAUAUUAGGUUCUUCUUCCAUUUCUUCAGCGGUUAGGUGUAUAAGUUACUAGCGUUUAUCAUUUUUAUAUUUAUAAAUCCCAGCAAUAUAAUCUCCAAGUCUCUGCCAUAUUUUCUCUGUUGUUUCUCAGGGUUCCUGUUUGGUAUUCAACGGCCCAAGUUCUGGCUUUAAAGUAUCUUGUUACGUAGCAUCUUUUUCUAAAUAGAUCUCUUGGCUGAUUGUUUUGAUCGUGGCUCUCAAUUUCUUUACAUAUAUUGUGAUAGUGUUGCUGUUUAUCAGCCUUGCACCUUCGUUUUAUUUCGUUAUUGAGGUCUCUCAAACAAGCUUUUUCUCUUGCACUAUGUACACCACUUUGACAAAAAUUUCUUCCAUUCUCAUGUAUUUUAAGCGUUUAAUCUGCUCUUCAGUGUUUCUGUUUUAGAUUAAUUGGUGUUGUUAAACAAUGUUUAAUAGUUUCCCAUAUUUCGAGUGAUGUACUCUUAGGAAAAGAGAGCAUACUUUUUUGCACUUCUUGAAGUUUCUCCUUACUUAAACUACAAGAAGAAUAUGAUCUGAUUCGCAUAUGGCUCCUAGAUACGAUCUGACCGUUUGGAUUGAUUAUCUCAAGCGAAUACUAGUGAGGAUGUAAUCAAUUUGAUUUCUAGACCUACCUCCAGGACCUUUCCAAGUAUAAAGUCGGCGUUCAUGGUGUUUAAAUCGAGUAUUCAUGAUAGAAUAGUUACUUGUAAUAGCAAACUCCUCUUCAUUUCUCUCACCUAUGCCGAACUUUCCCAGUACAUUCUUUAGAUCUUCAUUUUGUGUAUCGUUGCGACUUUUGCAUUAAAGUCACCGCAUAUUAAGGUUAGCUCUUUAUUUGGAACGUUGGCGAUUGUUGUUUCCAAUUUUUCGUAGAAUUCCUUGACUUUUAUGUCGUCUGCUGUACUGGUUGAUGCAUAAACUUGUAUGAUAUUGAGUUUAUGUGUUUUGCCUUCCAGUUUUAGGAAUACUAUCUUAUCGCUCACAGUUUUGAAUUCGUCGGCAUAUUUUUGUAAUCUUGGUGAGACCAGGAUGGCAACAACUGUAUAGUUCUGGACCAUAUAUCACCUCCAGAGAAGUAAACACAAUUGACAUGGUGAUUAUCACUGUAAAAUAAUUACAUAUAAAAACCUAUACAGAACAAGUCACUUUUACUUGUUACUUUGAUUAUUGUGACAAGAUAUUUCAGACAAAGUUUGAUCUGGAAAACCGUCUACUAUGCCAUAUGGCAAUAAAGCAAUUUAAGUGUAACAUUUGCUUUAAACCGUUUAUGGAACAAUCCCAGUUAAAUAGGCAUUAUACGUUUCACGCUAAUAUCAAGAAAUGUCAGUGUACCGUUUGUCAGAAAGACUUUCCUGGAAAGACACGCAGAUACAUUUGGACACGCAUAUGUACGAACACACUGGUGUGAAGCCGUUUAUGUGCGAAUUUUGCUCCAAGGAGUUCUUUAGAAUAGACUCUUUAAAGAACCAUCUUAAAAGGCACACGAACGACAGAAAGUUUCGAUGUGAUGUUUGUCUGAAAAGGUUUAUUAUUAGAUUAACCUUGGUGGAGCAUUAUAGAAUAGACACAGGCGAAAAACCGUUUAAAUGUGAAGUGUCCUAAAGCGUUCACUCAGCGAUCUAGAUUAAGAAUUCACAUCAAAGUACAUUCUGAAGAAAAAACUAUUACCUGUGAAGUUUGUGAGAAAGAGUUCUUAUUCCAAUAUCAGAUAAGGAGGCAUUUGCUUACGCACAAUGCGAAGAAGAGGUUCGAGUGUGAAAUCUGUUUUAAACAAUUUAUCGAGAAAAGGAAUCUAAAUGCUCACGUGUUGCUACAUACUGGCGAUAAACCUUACAAGUGCGAACUUUGCUCCAAAUCGUUUACUUGGAAACAUAAUUUAAAUCAUCAUAUGAAAGUGCACGAAGAAAAAGCGUUUCAAUGUAAUGUUUUGUCAAGAGACGUUUAAUCGGUAUCAUAUUUUACAGAACCACUACCGGAUACAUACUGGGGAAGUACCAUUUAAGUGCGAUUAUUGCUGUAAGGAAUUUAAACAGAAAAUUAGUUUAACUAACCAUGUUACGCUUUGCCAUCCAGAUGAUUCUUCUUGAAAAUCAGUCCUUCUCCUGUCCUUGUAUGUUCGUAUUGCAAUAGAUUUCAUUUUCAUUCUCCAUCUAUUAUAAUACCAGCAGUGUUUGACUACAAUAACCAGUAAUUUUUUCAUCUAUCCAGUUUUAGCAGGAUGUGCCUCUUAAUUAUUUUUCUCUACUUAUAACAAAUGUAAUGCUGGAUGAUUAGCAGUUCUUUUUUCCUAAUAUAUCUUACAUAAUGAUAGUCUAAAUUCUAAAUAGACAAAAAGUUAUAACCUCGGAAAAAUGCGCAUUCUGCUGAAUAUUGGUACAAAUAUUAUAAAUGAAAUAUUAAUAAUUCUGUGUUCACAAUUGAACUAAAAUUCUUCACAUACUUUUGCCACUAUUCAUAAUUCCUCACAUGUAGCAAUUACAUAAAUUCGGCUAGCCAUAUUUUUUUCCUAAUAUGCACACAUUUUCCUACCACCUACCAAGUACUGUUUUAGUGCUUUCUUUACAUGGUUUCUACAACAGGUACGUCCAGGAUCUGUAGUGAUGAAUAAAGUUUGAUGAGCUAACAUUGUUGAUAAUAAUCUAAGUGAAGCGGAUUGCUAUUUUUCUUUUUUCUUCGUUUAGAUCAAAGAUCUAUUCAUUUUUGGCAAAUAAAAAGUCUCUAUGUAAUCAUUAACUGUAUUAACUCUCUGUUUCUUGUCCGGAUUAAUUUUUUUAAUUAGCUCCUGUCAUUUCUUAUAGAUGGUUGUUAUAAAUCUGUGGCACUACGAUGAACUCACCCAUUGUUUAUAUUUUUUAUCGUUAAUUGCAUAUUUCAAGUGUCUUAGUUUUAUAAAAAUCUACAAUCCGACAAGCGAGAGCUGGCGGAUGACCUUGCGCGAAAAUGCACAACGAGAAAUACACAAUACGAGGUCACCCGCCAGCUCUCACUCGUCGGAUUGUAUAAUAAAUGAAAAAAGAUGGUUUUCCAUUUAUAUACUAUUGCAAUUUCCAUCCAUAAAACCUUUGGACGGUAGAUCAAAAGUGACAUGAGAGAUGGAAACUUAAUAUAGAAACCAAAUGUGGUCCAAUUUAAUUUUUUGUUUCCAUAGUCAAUUAUUAUUCCACAAGAAGUGAAAGUUACACUAUUCAGAAAACUGUAAUUUCUAAUAAAGUAUACCAAUUAAUUUGAUCAUAGAGACAAACAAUUCUAAGAGGGGAAUUUAAAAUUAGACCACACAGGGCAUCACUGUAUACAACGAUACAUGCUCUUAUAAUUUAAAAGCUUUUUGUACAAUGCUGAAAUUGUUGUUUCGUUUUGUAUCAACAUCUGGUUAAAACUAAAACGCAAAGUAAGAAAUGGUUUCGUAACAUUUAUUGCAAAAUUAACUUGAUGAAAAAUUGUUUACAUGGGACAAACAUGCAGACCGUUUGAGUAUUACUUAACGAGGAACAAGAACUUGGGAUAGUGUAACAGCAAUACAAUUAAAGAGUUUGGAUAUAGAUUCUAAUGAACAAUUUCAGAUACAUCGUUAACAUCUUUUAUAUCCCAAAUAAGUUAAUAACAUCAGUUGGAAUUGUUCAUUUUAAGCCGCGUACUCACUGGUAAAUUUUUACGUGCGUAUUGAACUUAUGGUUCGUCGCAAGAAUUUGUGGCACACAUUUAACUGCUCGAACAUCGAACAUUUGUUUAUCGGUCGUUCUGCGCGUUUGCCCAAGUUCUGUGGAGUACACGCACAGUACCAAAAAAAGCGUCCACACUGCAAACCGUAUGCGACGCAAAUCCUUUGAUCUUCACUCAAAAACCGACAACCGAUGUAGCGUGUGUGCCGAAAAUUCUUGCGUCCGAUUUUAACAAUUUACCUCGAGCACGUAAAUAUUUGCGACGAAUAGCUGGUUCGUCGCAAAUUUUUAUCAGUGAAGACGCGGCUUUAGAAGACGCCUUUUGAUUUUAAUAUUUGUUAAAUUCUUAGAAAACAGAAGCCUUUCGUUUUUUAUUUAUAAAAAUAAUUUUCAUAAAUUCAUUAGCUGAUCCCGUUAUAUUGCGUAAAAUAGCACUAAGUGCAAUUUUCUUUGUAACUCUAAAAAUGUAAGUAUAACAGGUAAUAGUCUAAGAGCUGGGAGCGGAUUUUGUGCGUGAUAAGCAAUAUGGAAAAACUAUACGGGGAUAUGUUGAAUUAGUUGUGUACAUGACUUUCACCAACGGCCGGAAACUAGAGUUGGGGCCGCAACGGCGGAUCCAGCAACCUUGCAAGGUGGGGGCAACGAAAUACAAAUUUUCUCGUGACUGGCGUACGCAGGAUUCUUUGAGCUGUUAUUUUCUUAUUCUUCAUGUACCAUGCCUUUUCGGAACGUUGGUUACCAUCACAGGCAUCUUAAUUUUAUUUAUUGAUACCCUAAAUCAACCAUGAAGUUCUUCUUCGUCCUGGACGGCGUUUGCCUGCUAUUUUCACUUGAAUAAUAUUUUGUAGCAACCUAUAUUUGGGACCUCUCAUUAAACGUCAGAAAUAAUCCAGGUAUUCUUCUUGAUGCUUUUUAUAAUCGCAGUAGUCUUGCUGAGAUAUUCUAGUAUUGUGGAGUUUCGAAUCUUCUCCAUCCAAAAAACUCUUAAAAUUCUUCUAUUGCACUACAUUUCGAGAACCUCAAGACCAUAAAGAUCGAUUUUAUUCACAGUCCAAAACUCGACACCAUACAGUAAGACCGAGAAUAUGUAGCAGCGAAGUAGUCGGAUCCUCAGGGGCGUAACAGAGGACCCCGCAGCGUGAAGCUUGCGGGGGGGGCCCCAAUCGUUUAGGGGCCCCAUCUUGUCAUCUGAUAUUAUGUAAAAAUCUGUUAUUGUUAUAUUAUUUUACGGUGUGUGUUUAAAUUUAAAAACGUAAAUUUCUAAAUAGACGUAUUUGCCAAGUGAAUCAUCUCAUAAUAUCUAGAAACUUAAUCCCUUCCGGCCUACCGAAAUUUUAUGGUAACGGCAAUAAAUUACGUGGUGUACUACAUGACUAUUGAAAGAUUUGAGAAUUUCAAUUUGCCGAAAUGGGUUUUCUCUUUAAUCUUUACCUACGUUUAGUAUUUCGAUACAAUUAUCCAGAGUCGUAACAGAGGCCCCGCAACAUGAAGCCCCAAUAUGUCAAGGGCCCCAUCUUGUUGUCUAAUAUAAUAUGUAAAAAUGUGUUUUUAUAUCAUUUGCAUACAUACGUUUUUUAAGCAGUGCAGUAUUGAAAAUGAAGUUGUCCAUCCGAAUUAAUAAAAUUGUUGAUAUAUUCGCUGAUAGUAGAUAGUGCACGAAGAAAGUUGCUCAUCUCAUAGAAUAAUACUAAUGUAAUAAUUUAGUAAUUUUUUUUCUAUUUUAUUCUAUACCAAUAAAGAUGAAAAAUAUAAGUCGUCAUAAACAAUGCAUGAAUACACCAAUAGCUCAGUAAAUGACAGUUUUGGAGUGAAAUUAUCAGCGUCAGGACGUACGUAUUUGCUUGACAAUUUGGAUUUAGGUUCUAGUUACACUCCACUUCAAAGUUGGAUAUAUGCCGUUGGUUGCUUUUACUUCGGGGGGUAACACCCCUCCUUGGGGUGAAAAACAUACGUUUAAAAUAAGUCCGGAAAUGUAUAAAUUGAUUAAUUAUAAGCAACUUUUGUUCUUCUAUAGAGUUUCUUUAUCUAUGCUAAUACUUUUCAAGUCAUUUGCGAUUGAAAAUGUUUAUUAAAAAAACAACGUUCUCAGACGGGUUUUUCACAAAUAACUCAAAUAUAAGUACGUAUUUAUCGUAUUAAAUAUUAGAUAUCGAAAAAAUAUUUGUAGCAAAAAUGUAGUUUAAAAGAUUCAGAAAAUGGUGUACUUAUUCAUGAAGUCUAUCGACACAGUGAAAGCACAGUUGAAGCUCAUGAAAAAUUAUUCUUAUUUGUCCAAUUUAAAAUCGAAUAUUUCAACCUGAAAUAAUCAAAAAUGAAUCAAUUUUCGGGAAAAACUCUUAAAACUUUUUUUAAAUAUUUCAAAAAAAAGCUUUGUUUUUAUUUUUUUAUAAAACUUUCUAGCACCAAAACUAUACGAGUUCGCUCAAAAUAAAGUUGGCCCCUUUUUUGGUAUAAAAAAUCGUGAAAAUCUGCCCCUAUUUCGUACCCCAAAUAAAAUUUAUGAGUAGCGCUUUACCAUUUACUUUAAAUAUUUAUUGUUUAUAUGAUCUGUAAGUUUGACCGGUUCGAAGUUCUUUUUUGUGAAAAAAUUUAUUAAAAUUUUUUUUAUUUUUGAAAAAUGCCUUUUUUAUUCAAAAUAAAAAUGAUAAAAAGUCUUAGUGAUACGAAAAAUCUCAAAGAGUAAAGAAAUGUAGGUAGGUCUUGCUUUUAUAAAUAUUUUGGCUUUAUUUUGUUUUUAUGUAAGACAAAAAUUUGUUAAGACAUGGCUGUUUAAAAUUUGCAUAUAGUCGUGAUUAGUGACUCGUUUAACCCUUAACCUAGAACCCUUUUAAAAAUAAACACUUUGAACUGGUAAAACUUACAGGUCGUAUAAAACAGUUUGGUAAUUUGUAAGGCGAUAAUGAUUAGUUUCAUUUGGGGUGCUAAAUAGGGGGAAAUUUUCACAAUUUUUUUCCAAAAAAUGGGAUUAACUGCAUUUUGAGCGUAACUGGUUUAGUUUUGACGCUAGAAACUUUUAUGAAAAAUAAAGCUUCUUUUAAACACUUUAAAAAAGUUCUUAUGAGUUUUCCCGAACCGUAUUUCAUUUUUUUUGGUUAUUUCACGUUGAAAUAUUCGAUUUGGAAUUUGACGAAUAAGAAAAACUUUUCAUGAGCUACAUAAGCUAGAUACAUUUUUGCUAACAAUAUUCUUUUCGAUCGAAUAUUUACUCUUUAAACUAUUUGCCAAAAAUCGCCUAAAAUCGUGGUUUUUUUGUUGAACAAUAAACAUUUUUACUCAUAAAUAACUCGAAAAAUCUUGAGUUGACCACUUCGGUGGUGACACUGAAAAUUACACGGUAUUGCCAUAUUUUACGUUGAUUUACUGGGCUGUAACACAUAUAGGUAUUUGUCACACAUGUCGCAUUGGACAAUUUUUUAAAGGGGGCCCAUUUCCAAUUCUGCGGGGGGGCCCCGACGGUGUUUGUUACGCCACUGCGGAUCCUUAAUGCCAAUUUUAGGUCUCUGUUACAUAAUACUUUGGACAUCCUUCUAAAAGCGGCUCUUAUUCGGAGGGUUUUAUUAAAUGAUCAAAUUACCAUAACAUAGCACCCGCAAUUACUAUUUUUAUCUGGACUCUGGCAUUGAAUUGAAUAGAUGGCAAUAAACAGGUUUAUUGUGCGACUUUUUCAUUUAUUAUGUUCCAAAAACUUUUAAUAAUUUUCGAUUUCAAGGAAUUCUGCCAUAUUUAUGUUUCAGUUAUUCAGUUAUCAAGAGGACACAAAAUUUAUUAUUUAUGUUCAAUCGUAAUCUCUUUCUUAAAAACAGUGUCAGUAGACACCAGGCGAGGUCUCAAGGAGGGGGCAAUUGACCCCAUUGACCCCCCCCCUUGGAUCCGCGUCUGUGGGGCCGAGGGUAAUUAUAAGGGGUCAAAGUCGCGGUUUUUAUUAUUUUUUUAUGAUGUUCAUGAUCGAGAUAGUUCACCAAAAUUUGGCAAUAAGUAGGUCAUGACGUACCUAAGUAAAAUCUCUAGGGGCUCAACGCUGCGUGGCCGACAAAGGGGUGGGGGUAGAGGUGAAUAUAAAAAAAUGUAAGGGGUUUUUCGCGACGUUCGUUAUUGAGAUUGCACUAAAAUUUGGGUAUAAGUAGACCAUGACAUAAAUAAUUAAAAUCCUCAGAGCCGGAAACCAGAGUGGGGAAGGAAGGUAGUUAUAAGGGGUCAAAGUUCCGUUUUUUAUUAUUUUUUUUUGUGACGCUCAUGAUCGAGAUAGCGCGCCAAAAUUUGGGAAUAAGUAGGUCAUGACGUAACUAAGUAAAAUGUCCAGGAGUGGAACGCUGCGUGGCCGACAAAGGGGUGGGGUAGGGGUGAAUAUAAAAAAAUGUAAGGGGUUUUUUGCGACGUUCGUGAUUGAUAUAGUGCACCAAAAUUUGGGAAUAAGUAGACCAUGACAUAACUAAGUAAUAUCCCCAGAGGCGGAAACCAGAGUGGCGGACGAGGGUAGUUAUAAGGGGUAAAAUUCGCGGUUUUAUUAUUUUUUUUGUGGCGCUCAUGAUGGAGAUAGUGCAAUAAAAUUUGGGAGUAAGUAGGUUAUAACGUAACUAAGUAAAAUCUUCAGGGGAGGAACGCCGCUUGGGGUAAAAAGGGGUGGUAGGCAGGGGUGAGUAUAAAAAUAUAUGGGGUUUUUUUGCCGUCCGUGAUCGAGAUAGUGCACCAAAAUUUUGCUAAGUAAAAUCUCCAGGGGCGGAACGCUGCGUGGGGGACAAAUGUUGUACCGGGUCACAAAAAAAUAACACACACUGCGACUUUGACCCCUUAAAACUACCCUCAUCCCAACUCUGGUUUCCGGCUCUGGGGAUUUUACUUAGCUAAGUCAUGGUCUACCUAUUCCCAAAUUUUGGUGCACUAUCUCAAACUAGCACGUCGCAGAAAACCCCUUAUAUUUUUUGUAUUCACACCUACCCCCAACCCUUUAUAGGCCACGCAGCGUUCCACCCCUGGAAAUUGUACUUAGUUACCUCAUGACCUACUUAUUCCCAAAUUUUGGUGCACUAUCUCGAUCAUGAGCGUCACAAAAAAAUAAUAAAAACGGCGAUUUUGACCCCUUAUAACUACCCUCAUGCCCAACUCUGGUUUCCGGCUCUGAGGAUUUUACUUAGUUAUGUCAUGGUCUACUUAUUCCCAAAUUUUGGUGCACUCUCUCAAUCACGAACGUCGCAAAAAACCCCUUAUAUUUUUUGUAUUCACCCCUGCCCCACCCCUUUGCCGGCCACGCAGCAUGCCACCCCUGGAGAUUUUAAUUAGUUACAUCAUGACCUACUUAUUCCCAAAUUUUGGUGCUCUCUCUCGAUCAUGAGCGUCACAAAAAAAAAUAAUAAAAACGUCGACUUUGACCCCUUAUAACUACCCUCAUCCCCAACUCUGGUUUCCGGCUCUGAGGAUUUUACUUAGUAAUAUCAUGAUCUACUUAUUCCCAAAUUUUGGUCCACUAUCCCAAUCACGAACGUCGCAAAAAACCCUUUAUAUUUUUUAUAUUCACCCCUACCCCCACCCCUUUGUCGGCCACGCAGCGUUACUUACUUUAUUCCCUUACUUAUUCCCAAAUUUUGGUGCACUAUCUCGAUCAUGAGCGUCAUAAAAAAAAUAAUAAAAUCCGCGACUUUGACCCCUUAUAACUACCAUCGGCCCCAACUCUGGUUUCCGGCCGUUGGUGAAAGUCAUGUACACAACUAAUUCAACAUAUCCCCGUAUAGUUUUUCCAUAUUACUUAUCACGCACAAAAUCCGCUUCUAUCUCUCCGACUAUAACGAUACAAUAAUAAGUAUUUCAUUUGACACCUUGUUGAAAUUACACGUUAAUUAUUUAUUUAUACUUAUUUAUAAUUAAUAAAUAUUUUUAUUUUA